AUUUGUUAUAGAAAUGUACACGUUUUGUUUCUGAUUGUGAAUUUAUUACUUAAAAAACAAUCAAAGAUUUAAUAAGCAGGCGAUUUGUGUAUAAAUCUUUGUAAUACUAUUAAAGACGCUUCAAAUGGAAAUAGUUUGUUAAAAAGUAUUGAAUUACUGUAAAGAGGGAGUGUGUGUGUCGAUUUUUAUAGAUAUAUCUUUCAUAGAAACACAAAUAUGCAUACGAUCGUGAAAUAUAUCAUAUUGCACGUGCUUUUUGGUUGUGCACGUGCUUGGAAAGGUCACACCUACUACAAUAACAGAUACGGGGUAGAUGGUAUAAGCUAUACUGCAGAUGAUAGUGACCAUGGCCUAUAUUCUGACACCGAUGGAUAUCUCCCUGAUAGUCCCUAUACAUCUGAAGUUCAUUCCGGAUGUUCAUAUGACAAAACAGCUGGACUAAUUACGUCAUGUUCCGGAAAUUCCGUAGUGUUAGCAAACCUUCCCAUCCCGAACAUCACAGCGGGGACAUUCUCGGAGUCAACUACAUCAAUACAAAUUUGGAACUGUGGAAGUUUUACAUUGUUCGAAGACAGGACUUUUGAGAAUUUAACACAACUUAACUAUCUGAAAGUCCAAGGUACAAGCUUGAAUCAUAUACCAGAUCUUUCCAACACAGCGAUUGUAACCCUUAACAUAGCAGGGAAUAAAGUAUCAAUUGAUACUAAUACACACCAGGGCUGGCAGUUUCCGACCACUAUUGAACGAAUAGCUCUAAUGGACAACCUAAUCUAUUGGAUACCAGAUAACAUGAUUUCUGGACCAAAUCUACGAAUUGUGAGUUUUGGAAAUAACAGAUUGACACAAAUUCAGCAAAAGAUAUUUGGCGAUACUUCGGCCCUUGUUUACUUAGGUAUGGAUGGCAACUCGAUAGAGAGAAUAUCGAAAAACAGUAUUGCUCCCUUAGCAACAAACAAUUUUCUUCAUCUGAACUUGAGUAAUAAUCAAUUGUCUUACAUUCAAGGAGGCUCAUUUAGUCAAUUUCCAACAUUGAAAAUAUUAGAACUUCACCAGAAUUCACUGAGCACAAUUAAUGUUAACAUCUUCAAAGAUUUACCUGCUCUUGUUCAUCUUGACCUGCACGCCAACAACAUACAACACCUUACAAGUAAAGCAAUCGAGAACAUUCCAUUACUCAAAGAGCUACGACUGCAUUCCCAGAACACGCCCCUGGAGUCAAUUGCUUACAAUGCUUGGUCUGGCAUUGAUAAUCUUAUAGAGCUAUUUGUUGGUAGUAACAAUUUGGCGACAUUUCCACACCAAGUUCUUUCAGAGUCAACUUAUCCUAAUCUAGUAAAGAUGCAUGCCGAUAAUAAUCUAAUAACAAACAUAACAAAAUAUGGAGAAGAAGCGUUCCCAGAAAACCAGUAUUCUCUACACAGACAAAGACUCACGACGUUUGUACCAUUCACAGCCAUUCCCGCAACACAAUAUCUUUAUCUCCACGGCAAUUUAAUAACAACUAUCAACACCACUGAUCUAUGUGAGUUACAAAGCCUACAAGAACUGUACUUACAGAACAAUCUAUUACGAGAAUCCAAGAUGGAUGUUGACUGUUUUGCGUGUCUUCCAGUACUUUACAGGCUACAACUAGCAGCUAAUUUGAUACAGUACGUGCCAGAUUGUGUCAAAUCUUCAGAUGUGCUCCCUUUCAUUGGGGUACUUAUACUCAAUAACAACAAGAUUACAUUUCUGGAAAGUGGUGCAUUCACGAAUUUAACCACAGUUACACAUCUGUACAUCACUUACAACAACAUCCUUGCCAUAGAAAACGAUGUGUUUCCAACAAACGUAUUCCAUUUAUAUAUAAACAAUAACAACAUAGCUCAGUUGAAGAAAAACUUCUUUGAAGACGCACCCUUGGAAGGCAAUUUUUCUGCCCGCAAACAAUGA